CUUCUCUCUCUCUCUCUCUCUCUCUCUCUUCCUCUCUCUCUCUCCCUCUCUCUGCUCCAGAAGCAUUAUUCUGUCUCUAACUCUCAGUGACCAGCAGCCUCUCGCUGCUUCUCUCCUCUGGGACAUGGAAUCUUAUAGAAAGGGCGGCUGACAGACCUGAGACCAGCUCCAUAAAUUCUUGGUUCCUCACUGGAAACUUUGUGCUGGUGAAGCCGAGCAGCUCCAUCAGCAACACGAGGAGCUGCUGCUGCAGGAGAUGGUGGAGAGCUGAACCCACAGUGACCCGGGAUGGAGCCUGUGCAGAGGGACAUGGAGCUGCUCAGUAACAGCAUGGCCACCUACGCUCAUAUCAAAGCCAACCCUGAGAGCUUCGCCCUCUACUUCAUGAUGGGCGUCUGUUUCGGCCUGCUCAUGGCGCUCUGCCUCCUGGUGGCCGGCAUCACCUGCAGGACUCGCCGCAGACGCAAAUCCCCUCCUUCGCCCGAGAGGAGACAGCUGAAGGAGUCCAGCGGGGAGGAGGACGAGGAGGACGAGGACGAGGAGGAAGAGAGCAUCGCAGGCGAGGAGGCAGAGAUCCCCAGAGGGACAGCGGGGCCCAUGAGUGACCGCAGCAGCCAGUCCACCGGGACCCUGAGGAGCGUGAACGUGUUCGCCUCGGCCGAGGAGCUGGAGAAGGCCCGGCGCCUGGAGGAGAGGGAGCGGAUCGUCAGGGAGAUCUGGAGGAACGGGCAGCCGGACAUCCUGGUCACCGGGACGGGGACGCUGGGACGAGUCCAUUACCACUAACACACACUUUGACUGUGUCGAGAAAAAGAUACCUGACAGACUGCGAAGGUCAAAGGUCAGGGGGACUUGUUACCUCAUCUUUUACCAUUCAGAAGGGGGGGGUCUUACAAAGGGAUGUGUUGAGUUGCAUUGUGGGAAUUGUAGGGUCAAGUGGUAAUGGGUCAUUCCAUCCAGAGAAAAGGAAGAGUCACAGUCAAAGCAGCAGAUUAUUCACUUCGAGACGAGCAGUGACCAAAACAAUCAACAGGAAGUCAACAAAAAUAAACAAAUCUCAUAAACAGGAGAAAAACAAAUGUGAAAACCAUCAAACUAAACGCUGAACACACAUCUGUGAAGUUCAGGACUCACAAACAGACAAAGGACCAAUCCACAGUGUCACUGACAACUUAUAAUAGUUACUUUGUGGGGACGUGGGAAGAAGAGAGAGGAGGAGGAGUUUAAAAAGUCUUCUACCAAUCCAGAGGCAGCGAUCCCCUGGAAUCGACCAAUCAGAGUCCGGGCAAACUAAGUUUCAAGUUCAGGUUCAUUCACACAUUCAAGAUUAAUAAAUAUUAAGACUGACUCCGUCUUAACCACCGUCAGUGUAUUUUCUCCUCUUGUGAACUUGCUAUUGUAAAUUUGUUUGUUUUAUAUUUCUUACGACAUAAAUACAAUUUUUUUUAUGUAUUUGCCUUCAUCUGUAUUUUAUCUAUAUAAUGUGAAUAAUAAAAUAAUUUAACCACU